GUUACGUUAUCCGAAGGUAGGGUGGUUAGGCGGCUGCACUGCGGUGGCCUUUUCUCCUGAUGUCGAUGGCUGCUGCUGAUUAGCUGGUAACUUAUUUCUGUUUAAGUAAUUUAACCAGGUGCCCGGCUUCAGACGCGGUUCCAGAACGGGUCUUCCUAGCCCUGCCAGGAUGAUCUCCGGCCUGGCCCGCAGGCCUUGGCGAGUGUUCUGCCGGGUCUAUUUGCACCCGAGGGCGCCGCUGUCACAAACGUGCCCCAGGGUGUGGCUGCCAUGCCAAGGGUGGCAGAGAGCCGGACUGGGGCAUGCUCACGUCUUCCGCCUCCCUGACAAUCGGCUGGUGGCUCUGAUGUCAGAAAGCGUACAGUUCUAUUCUACUUCUGGCAGUGGGAAAGAUGGCGUCUCGGGGCUGGACGGCGCUAGUUCAGGGGGGAAGGCAGACAUGGAGCAAAGUUCACCUAAACCGUCUGCCGAGGGUGCUUCCGGUCCGAUGAAUAAAGUGCAAAGCAAAGUGGAUACGAUUCAAGUCAAAGUGCGAGCCGUGCUGAAGAAGAGGGAGUACGGUCCUAAGUACACGCAGAAUAACUUCAUCACCGCUGUCAGGGCCAUGAAUGAAUUCUGCCUCAAGCCCAGCGACCUCAGUCAGCUGCGGAAGAUCCGUCGCCGCAGUCCCCACGACGAUACUGAGGCCUUUACCGUGUUCCUGCGCUCUGACGUGGAGGCCAAGGCUCUGGACGUUUGGGGGAGCUUGGAGGCUCUUGCCAGGGAGAGGAAUCUCCGGAAGCGUGUGGAGGAGGAGUACAAAGAGAGUGCAUUUAGGAAUCAGCAGUUACUGAAAGAGUACAAAGAUUUUUGGGGAAACACUAAGCCUCGAUCGGGUAAGAGAGCGACGUUCCUGCAAGGACCGGGGAAGGUGGUGACCGUGGCGAUAUGCAUCAAUGGGCUGAACUUCUUCUUCAAGCUCCUGGCUUGGGUUUACACCGGCUCGGCCAGCAUGUUUUCUGAGGCCAUCCACUCGCUGGCUGAUACUUGCAACCAGGGUCUGCUCGCUUUGGGAAUCAGCCAGUCUGUGCGGAAUCCGGACGCCGUCCACCCGUAUGGCUUCUCCAACAUGCGCUACAUCGCCUCCCUCAUCAGCGGCGUGGGCAUCUUCAUGAUGGGGGCGGGGCUUUCGUGGUACCAUGGCAUCAUGGGACUCCUGAAUCCGCAGCCUAUGGAGUCGCUGCUUUGGGCUUACUGCAUUUUGGCCGGCUCACUGGUUUCGGAAGGAGCAACACUAGUCGUGGCCAUCAACGAAAUCAAGAGAAGUGCGCAACUCCGGGGCAUCUCCUUCUAUCACUACGUGAUGCAGAGCCGAGAUCCCAGCACCAACGUGGUGCUACUGGAGGAUGCUGCAGCUGUCCUGGGGGUGGUUCUGGCAGCCAGCUGCAUGGGCCUCACCUCCCUCACAGGUAACCCGCUGUACGACAGCCUGGGCUCCCUGGGCGUGGGCACACUGCUGGGUACCGUGUCGGCCUUCCUCAUCUACACCAACACCGAGGCCCUGCUGGGCCGCUCCAUCCAGGCCGAGCAUGUGCAGAAGCUCACGGAGUUCUUGGAGAACGACCCUGCUGUCAGGGCCAUUCAUGAUGUGAAGGCCACAGAUAUGGGCCUGAGCAAGGUGCGGUUCAAGGCCGAGGUGGACUUUGACGGGAGAGUGGUGACACGCUCCUACCUGGAGAAGCAGGACAUUGACCAGAUCUUAAGUGACAUCCAGCAGGUGAAGACCCCCGAAGAUCUGGAGAACUUCAUGCUGAAGCACGGCGAGAAUAUAAUCGACACGCUGGGGGCCGAGGUGGACCGUCUGGAGAAGGAGCUGAAGCAUCGCAACCCCGAGGUGCGGCACGUGGACCUGGAGAUACUGUGAUUGGCUGCCCCUCCUCGGAUGGAUGCCAGAACACUCAAGAUGCAGGAAACGCGGGAGAAUGUGUGUCUACUGGGCGGAGUCAAACCCCUGGCACCCCGUAACCCCAGGCCUCUGAGCCAGCUCAUAAGUCUUACUGUGCAGAAGCCCCCCAGCCAUGGGCCCCCGGCCCCCAUCCCUAUGCACUGGGAACCUGCUUCUGCAGCCCAGCCAUGAUGGUACAGGAGCUGAGCAGAAACCCUCAUUGGACACGGGUUUCGGUCACUCCUGGCUCCUUCGUCCUUCUAGUCUCCCAUCUGCCACCUCCAGAUGUAUCAAUGACUGGGGCUGCAUGGUCUAUUAGGCAGGCACCAAAUAAGCAGGGUCAGGGGGCCCCCUGCAGGCAAUGGACCUUAAUUGAACCACAAGCAGGAAAAUAUGUCCCUUGGUAGCGUGGGCUCAAGCAGACCGAAGCCAGCUGACCUGUAGCGGUACCUCAUGCGUUGGCAGCUAUGAGUCAGGCUCCAGCUACGGCCCGUAGGGGGAGCAGUUGUACCUUUCUCAUGCAGUCAGUCAUGUGGGCGAAAUCCAUGCAAAAUAUACAGAGCCGCCGUCAGGAUUAUGAAGUCUAUGAUUCAGGUAUUUCAUUAAAAUACCCCCCCCCCAAUAUGUUAAUAAAACGUGUCCUAGCCAGCAUAUCUUGCGUAAUUACACGCCUUUUAAUAAAUGAUUAAUUAGUUUGUAGCAUUAAAAUGAAGCACCUAAUUCUGAAAAUAGUUUAUCUUUAACACAAUGUUUGCUGUGUAUUUUGCUAUAUCUGAGCUGUCAUAAAGUUCAGUGCCCCGUAACAUCUGUUUCGUCUAGUUUGUAGACCUACACAUCACUUGCAGUUCAUGUAAUAAUAUUGUUAAAAUAUUGCUGUUUGCCACCUGCUUGUCAUUGGUUGACUUUCUCGGACCAGGGCUUUUCUGUUUGCUUGUCAUUGGUUGACUUUCUCGGACCCGGGCUUUUCCGUUCGUUCCCUUGCUGGCCUGCAUUUGUCGCUUUUUGUUCCCUUGGCAUCAUUGGUCCAAUGAGUAUCCAGCUGUUUACUUGCGUGAUUCAUUUUCUCCAAAACAAAACAGUUCAAGUGGACUGAAAUAACCCAAGUUCACUGAAGGCAAAUGAGAAAUUUCAGGAGCUAAUUAAGUACCAGAGCGCUAGAUAUAAAAACCCACAGACGCGUGGUCUUUCAGGCGAGGAGUUUGACACCCCAGCCUGGUUAUUGUUAUUGGCCGCUGGCCUCCUUCGUGGUGUUGCUGUAACCCAAGAAUGUUCUACCAUGUUGUUGACCAACCAAUAAAACAAUUAGUGAUGCUUUUGCGAGGUUGAAUCUCCAAAGCUUUUGACUUUGAACGGUGUUCUGGUUACAUAAUGAAUGUAUAAUGAUGAAGUGGGGCAUAGGAGGAUGAUGAUGAUGGUGGUGGUUGGAUGCUUGGUAAGAUGUCCUUUCUGGAGUGUCUAUUGAAUAGUGUCUGGAGAACCUAAGAUUGUGAUGCAGGAGCCACAUAAAUACACCCGAGGACAAGCGGCUGUAUUCCUGGUGUGGAUUUUAUUGAACCCUGUGCCAUACAUGACAUCACCGUGAAACUGGGCUGUGCGAGGUUCCAUGAGAUCGCAGUGCCGUCUGCUUUGGGCUCUCAGCAGUUCUCCAAGAGGUGUGAUGAGUACCUGAAAAUUUUGUAUGUUGAGAUUAAUCAGGUGUUUGUGGAAUCGGCUGUUAAAGUAAAUGCCUAUUUAAUUUAUGGAAUAAAUGUAAAUAAAUAAAUGGUUCCCCUAUC